UCAUUCACGCGCUUGAGUGAAAGAAGAUGGAAGAUAUUUCUUUGGACGAAGUGAUACGUCGACGCGGUUUCAACAACAAAGAAACAGUUAAAAUGUAUUAAUUUAGCAAUUUAUGAGUUCGAAUGCAAUUUAUGAACGUUGUGCCUUGAGUUGUAUCAUUCAACGUAAUGAAGAAAUUCAUUUCCCAGAAAGCCUAGGCUAUUUCAAUUCCUCAGCGGUCCUGUUCAAGGCCUGUACUCGCCGUUGGAUUAGCUACAAUCAUGUAGCUAUUAUAUCGCUUCACUGCAGACACUGAUUUUCCUGAUAUCAACGAGCCAAAUACGCGCAGUUAGCUAUUUAUCAGGGCUUGGUUUAACUAGUUAGCUAACAAGGUAAAAAAAAUGUUUUAUCAGCAUUUGGUGACGGCCUAUGUUCGGCAGGGGUGCAGGAGGGGUCGGGAGGACCUUUGAUGCCCGACAGAAAAUUGGGAUGACAGAUGUCAGACAGAGACUUGGUGGAGGGGGAACCGCUUUUCAAGUGAAGGAUGCCAGAGAGAAACUCGGCCAGAAAGAUGCCCGCUUUCGAAUCCGUGGCGGAGGAGCAGCAGGUGGGGUCCAGGAUGCACGACAGAUGAUCAACUCACGGAAAGGAGGACAGAAUACAUUUAAUGUUACCCCACAGAGUUUACAGCAGAUACAAGCAGCACAGCUACAGACACAUGUGCAGCAGAUACAGAUACACACUACCAACGACAUUGCCAGUGCAAAUGCUAGGCAGUUUACCCCCAACCUACAAGGAAUGAACAUUAGAUCUGGGGUUACGCCACAGCUGGGGGGUGCACCUAAGAGGAUGAUGGAUGCUCGUGAUAGGCUGAGCCUCAAGAGGAGCAUUGGAGCUCCACUAAGCCAAGGAAUGGCGGCACCCAUGAAGAUCACCAAAACCAUCCAGCAGCAAAGGCCGGUAGGGAUGUCAAGUGGGAUCCGUAUGAACAUGCCAAGCAGGGGUUCCCAGUCUUUCUUAGGUGAUGAUGAUAUCCCUAGCAAACAGAUGAAGACCACUACUGGCAACCAUAUGCUGCAGUCACGGCCUGGCACCCUGGGCUGCCCUUUCUCCAUGUCAGCCCCCAUCACUAAAGUAGUCAAAAACGAUGCGUACACCGCUCCUCGUCCCCCAGUGCCUGUGGCACCCACAAGGCCCAACCCUAGUGUAGGGGCCUCCCGCUCCUCUGCUCUCGCCUUACAGCCCAUCUCCAGGACCCUCAGGCAGGCAGGGCCCACAGCGGAGCCCAGCUCUCAGCCUCCUCCACCCCCGCAGCCUACCUUCAGUCCUCUGGAGGGGACAAAGAUAACAGUGAAUAAUCUCCACCCCCGUGUCACUGAAGAGGACAUAGUGGAGCUGUUCUGUGUGUGCGGUGCCUUGAAGCGAGCGAGGCUGAUGAAAGUGGGGAUUGCCGAAGUGGUGUUUGUGAGGAAGGAGGACGCUGUGAGCGCCUACAGGAAAUACAACAACCGCUGUCUGGAUGGCCAGCCCAUGAAGUGCAAUCUUCACAUACAGGGGAAUGUCAUCACUUCAGACCAGCCCAUUCUUUUGAGGCUCAGUGACACUCCAGGCAGUGGAAGGAAAGAGGGUCUGCCCCUCUCUUUGUCUCGCCCCGGGGGUCGUCCAGCCUCCUCUCAGCCCACACCUGAGGUGGAUCCCCAAACCAUCCUCAAGGCCCUGUUCAAAUCUACUGUCCAGACCCCCUCUACCACAGAGUCUCCUGGUUCACAGUGCACAGCCUUCCGCAUUAAGAUAUAACUUUCUAGUACAUCCACACACAUACGUGUCACACAACACAUAAUACAUCCACCCUCCUGUUUGACAGAGACAUCUACUGACAUGAUCAAACAACAUGAUACUGUAUUUGUAUACAUUUGACAGAUCAUUGGCAGGUUGUAACAUCUAAAAUUAACACACUGAUGCCAUCUUCAAGAUUUUUAGGAAAGAAAAACAUCUGUAGCCAUGGCAUACCUCAUAGAUGCAUGUCUCAUAACGGACCAAUGUGAGGCAGUCUGAUUUGUUCAUUUAUUGUUUUAAUCAAAUUUGGUGGGGGGAUAAACUGGACAGUUGUGGGUAUUUUUUUGUAUCACAUGGUUCACUUUUACAACUGUUCGAAUAGUUCACAUUGAACACCCCUCUUGGAAUCAUGAGAUGUUUUGUGUUGGUUGGAGUUUCCUCCCCCCAAACCGAUGGUCUCACUAUGACCUGAUGCACGAACUCAUGAAGAUACUUGUACUGUGAACUACAUGCAACAGUGGUUCUUGUACUGGACAUGAUAUAAAGUUUGAUUUCAGAAUGACUUGUACACAUGCUCGUAUUCCAUUGUGGUUUUUGGUUUGCCGUUCUCCUUUUUGUGGCAUUCACGUUCUAUGCUUAUUUGUGUCUGUUUUACUUUUUAUUGCUUUUUGCGCAGCUUAGAAGUUAUGCUAAUUUGCUCAAUUUAUGUUCAACUGUCUGUAAAUUGCUUUUUACAGCUGCCUUUUAUGUCAGUCAUGAAGAUAUGGUAGUGAGGUCCGAUCUCUACAAGUUAAUUACUGCCAAUAAAUGUGUUGCUUUAUAAA